CAUACGCAUUUUGACAACCUUACAGCGCACACGAGAAAUCCAUUGAACAAUUCCGACUUUGUGAAUCUGUGUUAAAGCUCCGAACAACCUGUUAGCACGCUGCUCGCCAUUACAAAUUCUAAAUAAACGCACACACGUUCUUUUUCCUUCUCACUUAUAUCCCCUCUCCUGCUCAUUCCUGUCUGUGGUGUUACUGUUCCGGGCUCUGUUUUUUUUAGUUUACUGCCAGUGAUUUCACCAACAUAUCAAAACAGCAACCAUGCAGAAGGCUAAGAAGUUCGACUGGAAGGAUUCAAAUCUUGCCCUCUUUGGGUCGGAUACAGAGAAACAGGUGAAGAAAGAAAGUGCAGAAAGUGAACCAGCCUGGAACGGAGCUGGUCAAGCAGUCGGCAUUCAGAUCUGGCGUAUCGUGAAAUUCAAGGUUACACACUGGCCCAAAGAAGAAUAUGGAAGUUUUUACGAUGGGGAUUCUUACAUCAUCCUUAACACAUAUAAAAAUCCAGGCGAGGAAGAUUUAGAACAUCACGUUCAUUUCUGGAUUGGAGAGAAUUCCACCCAGGAUGAAUACGGUACAGCAGCAUACAAGACGGUGGAGCUAGACACUCUGCUUGACGAUAAGCCUGUUCAACACCGAGAAGUCCAGGACAAUGAGAGCGACCUCUUCAAAACUUACUUCAAAUCUUUCACGACAAUGACUGGUGGAGCUGACACAGGUUUCAGGCAUGUGACACCAGAGGAAUACAAGAACCGCCUCUUCCACGUAUGUGGCGAUAAGAAGAAGGUCGAAGUGAAACAAUUAGCUAUCGAGAAUGCACGCCUCGAUAGCAAUGAUGUCUACAUUCUGGAUAUGGGACUCAAGCUGUACAUUUGGGUUGGCAAUGGAUCAAACAAAGAUGAGAAAUUCAAGGCGGUACAGUAUACACAAGGAAUAAAGGACAAGCGAGGAAAGGCAACAUCUGAAACCCUGGAUCAGGAUGAGAUACCAGCGAGCCAUGAGUUCUAUACAUUUGUUCCUAUGCCUUCGGAUGAUGGUACAGAUGGAACAGACAAUGGUGAAGAGGUGCAGGACACAAGUGUACCUUGUAUCUUCCAACUGAGUGAUGCAAGUGGACAAAUGGAAUUCAAUAAAGUUGCUGAGGGCCAGCUUUCAAAAUCAGACCUUCAAACUGACGACGUGUUCUUGAUUGAUGGACGUGUGAUAAGCGAUGGACCGAGCAAGAAUAAGAGGAUGAAAAGCAACGACAGGCAUUUGUUUGUCUGGAUUGGCAAGGGGGCCUCUGUCGCUGAGAGGAAAAAUGCAAUGACAUAUGCCCAUGGAUACCUUCAGAAAACCGACCACCCGUUCCUUCCAGUCACGGUUGUGAAAGAAGGUUUAGAGCACAAGACAAAGGCAUUUGAGUCAGUUUUCCAUUAGAAGAACUAAUCCUAUGCAAGAAAGAGAUAAUAUCCAAUCAGACCAAUGUAUGACCCUUCCCCCUCGCAACUAACUUAAACUAUGUUCCCAGACCCUAAUGAAAAUGGCCAAGGUCGAAAUCUGGAAUUUGAUUUUUAGAAGCUUUAAAUAAGUCUCAACAUUUGUUGUAGCUUUUGCAUGGUCCUGUUACGAUUUUAUUCUCUGUGAGUUCCUUUUUGAUCAUCAACUCAUGAAAUUGCAAUUAAAUGACAACCACGUAAAUUGCUGAAAACUUGAAUGCUGCAAGUGGCUCAUGGAAUAUCUAUGUUAGAUAUUGGUGUAAAAUUUGGCUUCUCAUAAUUAAAUAAACAAAUUUGGACCUUGGCAGAGAGAAACUGGGUUUACAAACAAUUGUAUUUUUCUUUACCUCAUGCUAUUGAGAUUUUAACAACAAAAAUAUGUGAUAAGAAACAGAAGCACUGUUGAAAAAUAUAUUGACAAAUUUCAAUAAUAUUUAAACAUAUGAAAAUCAUAAUACAACAAGUCCUGAAUACAGCUUUGAUUUACCAAUAUGACCAAUCAGGUGAAUUUUCAUAUGAGGCAAAGAACAUGAGUUUUCGAACAAAGCAGAAUCGUGCAAGAAAAAAAAUGAAUAACUCGCAUUUUGUAUUAUAUACAGAGGUGCUCUUAAAUACUUAGCAACACCAUAAAUGCCUGUAUAAACAAUAUUUUGUGUAUAAGAAUGGUUUUAUAUCUAUAUAAGAAUGUCUUAAAGUUUUAGAUUUGCCUUGUAUUUGCACUUAGUGUAGUGACAAUCCACUUGACUAUCACAUCUUGACUAUCAUUUUUUUACAUUCUUCUACCCCUUUCACUUGCCAUCCUUUCCUUCAUUCCUUCCUUCAAUAUAUAUCCCUUCAUUCCUUGUCCUUCCCUCAUCUUUAUCACCAUAAUUUUCCUCACACGUACACCCUAUAUCCCCUUAUUUUUAACAUAGAAAUGUAGGUUUGCACAGAGAUAAUCAAAUUUCACUGUAAUAAGUACAGAUUUAUCUACUUUAUAUGUGCAUUUGUACUUCAUAUUUCAAUCAUUUAGUUUAAAUAUGUUUUUAUUGUUGGGAGAUUAGUCAUGUUUGUAAGUUAGAUUAUUUACUAUUGACAAGAUAUGUGCUUCUUUCACGACCAAUUACUUGUGUAAAUGUAAGUUCCUAAGUAUUGCUCUAAUACAUCAGUCAUAUCACCUACAGGGGUAAUUCAACGGGGUGGGGGAUCAUGGGGUAGUCGCCCAUUCUUUAAUUUCUCAAGUAAUCAAGGUAGAGAAAACAAGGAGCAGAAAAUAUGCAAAUAGUAGAAAAAAAAGGAGGUAGAAGAAUAAAAACCCGACGUGAAAAGAGAAUACCAGGUUGUGUGGUUACAUUGGCAUUAUAACCUUCUUUUUUUUUAUUCAUGUACAAUUUUAUCUUUUUUCUAAUUUAUGUUGCAUUGUUAGGCGCCUUGAACAUUCCUUGAAAUUGGUAUUUUAUUUGAGAAAAAAAAAGAAACAACUCUAGCCACUCCACCCCCCCCCCCCCCCGUAAAAUGCCCGGCAGUUACCUUGACUAGAUACUAUCCUUAUAGACAAUCUGAUCACACGCAGUAUUGUAUUGGUGUUCCCAGUUUUAAUAGCUGUUUUCACUCGUUUCUAUAUAGUUCGUUUAUAACUGUACUACAAAAGUAUACUUUGUUAGCACGGGUGUAUCAAUAUUCAUCUUGGAUUUGAAUCAAAUCCAAUGAUUCUAAAUCGAGCAAAGAUGGAACAAUAGUUUUAUAUUGUUUGAUAUUUACCCCAAAAUAUAAUUAUGAUUCUUUUGAAUUCCGAAAACCCAAACCCGAAGACUAGUGACCAUCUGUUAAGUAUGUUGAUCUAUACAAAAUAGUAACUUGGUGCAUAUCUUUUUAUAGACUAUACUUUUAUAUUGAGUUUUUUUAUUUGACUGUCAAUGAUUUACAUACAUUUGUUUUAUAUGUGUAUAUUGCAGCUAUUGUUUGUUAGAAUUUACAAGCAAGUUCUCAACUAAAACUUAAUGAGAUAACAAAAUAUAUUAUUUAUUGUUUCCUGAUGAAGCAAAGUUGUCAUGCAUUUGAUGUAUGAUUUGUUUUUAAUUCAUCUUGUAAAUGAAAAAAAAAAUUACUUUUAUUUUAGUACUCAAUUUAUGCACUUUCUGUACUUUUAUUGCAAUACAGUCUACAUGUAAUUUCUAUUGACGAAAAGAGGGCUUUCUUUAUGUAAGACAAGUACCAUUUACAUACUGUAUGAAAUGUCUAUUUUGAUUAUACACUACCAGGUGUCGUAGCUGAAAAUUAUAAAAUGUUGCACUUAUUAAGGUGUUGAAUAAAAUGGAUCAUUACGUAAGGGAUAA